UGGGAUCGCGCCAUGCAUGUGCCAUUCGCGCUGCGGCGCAGUUCCUGAGGGUGAAAAAUGGUGUCCCCUGACGACUUCGCCCAGAUUUCUGCGAACAGCAAGGCCAAAGGGCAGCCAAAAUACCUUGGGGGCAAAGACUCCUUCGCCAUCCGGUACUCGGGCCUGGAGAAGGUCACUCUACAGAUUCCUGUCAAAAGAGCCGGUUCGCUGGCCGUGGCUGAACGAAUUGCUGAACUUUGCUACGAGCAGUUUGAACUUGGCCACAACAAGAAGGAGGUCACAGCCUUUCGAGAUGGUUUGCUGAAGCAGUGCAAAGAUUCCACUGGGCCAUCCAAGAACAAUGGGCAGGAGGCAUCUUCCGGCGGCGCCCAAUCGGCUGCGCCUGCGCCUGCGCCUGCGCCUGCGCCUGUGCCUGUGCCUGCAGUGGAGGAGGCAUCUUCCGGCGGCGCGCAAUCGGCUGCGCUUGCGCCUGCGCCUGUGCCUGUGCCCGCAGUGGAGGAGGCAUCUUCCGGCGGCGCGCAAUCGGCUGCGCCUGCGCCUGCGCCUGCGCCUGUGCCUGUGCCUGCAGUGGAGGAGCCCGAGAUCUCCAAGGUCUCUGAGACGCCGGUGGCGCGGGCCAUUCGCAUGGCCGCCGAAGCCGCCCAGAAAGCGGCGCUGGCUGCCACCAAGCUCACCCUGGCCACAGCUCCUGCCGCACCAGCCCCUGCCGCAGCAGCACCUCCUGCAGCAGCCCCUCCUGCAGCAGCCCCUCCUGCACCAGCCCCUCCUGCAGCAGCCCCUGCCACACCACCCUUUGCAGCACCGGUGCCGCCAGCGCCCACCCCGCCCCCUGCCCCAGCACCAGCGUCCCCGACGCACGCGGCACACGCCCCUGUGGGCGCCCCGGCAGCAGCAGCAGCAGCUACGCCAGGGGGGAAGUCAAAGUCCGGAGAGAAGCGAGAGACGAAGCGGAAAAGGUUCAACGAUGGCCGAAUCGAAGGCCGAUCCCAGAAGCAACCGAAUUCCUUUAUCAACGGAAGCUAUUCUGUCUUCAAGACCUUAUUCCAUGGACGCUAUCGCUGGGAAAAGACGGGAGAUGCAAAGCAACGGGUGGUGCUGUUCUUCAGCGCUCCGUUGCAUCAGUGGAAGAUUUGCGCCCGCUUCGACGACACGGCGCCGGUGCUCGCCUUUGCUCCGGUGAAGGAUUUUGGGCAUGCGCCGCCCGCAGGACCAGAGGUGAAGUGGUACGUCAGCAACGGCAAGGGUCAUGUGCAUGACCCCGAGGUGCGUUUCGUCGAGGAGGAAGAGCGACCUGCCAAGAAGCCCAAGGUCUCAAAGUUAGGCGACGCAAAGGUUGACAUCACCCCGUUGCAAGUAGCAGAUCUGCACUACAAGCAGUGUAAGGAACACUACCUCAUCGCCAAGGGAAUGAACCAGCAAGAUGCGGCAACUGCAGUGGUGAUCCAGGGCCGGGCCUAUUCGAAGAAACAGCACCAGAUCAAUGGUGUCUAUUUGCAGCGGGCUGGAAAAUUUCAUGGUGCUCUAUGCUAUCAGAAGAUUACCACUGAGAGCAAGGGCGGCCAACGAUACUUGCUCUAUUCCGCCACGAAGCAAUCCUGGAGGAUUACUGACAAGAUCCAGGAUGAACAUAGCUUUGCAAGCGCCAAGGUUGAGGAUCGGGGCGCCACUUCUCCGGCCGACCUUCCAGCGGCGUAUUUGGUUUGGAAGAUCUACGAAAAACGCGAGGGACGCUACCUGCGGGAUCCGGAGGUUGUUUGUCGCAGGAUUGACCUGGACGCCAUGAUGGCUGCAGUGCACCGAGCCAAAUUCGCUUGGGAGGCAGCCAGGCGAAACGAGGAGCAGCGGGAGUCCGCUUUGAGCGCAGAAGCAUCAGAUGCACGCGUGGCCGCCGCGCUGGCGGCGGCGCAGACCACGCCGAUGCCGGAGCUGCCAGACGAGGGAGAAAGCGAAGAAGAUGAGGAUGAGCCUGAACUUGUAGGUGUGGUGCCUGCACCUUCGGGGCUUUCGGGGCCUUCGGGGCCUUCGGGGCCGAAGCCGGCGCCGGCUUCGUCGCCGUCGCCGCCGGCCUUGCACGAGGAGCCGCUGGCGAGUGGCAUUGCGGUCGAGGAUGAAGGUGAAGACUCUCCGUCCAAGCCAGAGGUAGUGAAGCUGCCGAGCAGGCCCUCAGCCGAGUCCAAGCCCACCGUAAAGGUGGUGGUCAGCAUCAUGGACGAGAGCGAAAAGAAACGUGGCUCGAAGCGCAAAGCCAAGGUGGAGGUAUGGCCGAAACGAAAGGCGUGUGCCAAGAUGUUAGUGAAAUCGGGCAUCCGCUGUCGCGACUGCUUUCGAUUGAAGUCGGGCUACUGCACUUGUCCCAAAGAGGGCGAGUCGGGAAGUGAGGCCAAAAGCGGCGCCGAGUCGAAAAAAAACGCGUUUCGCGGCGCCGAGUCUUCGGGGGCCGAAGAGGGGACGGCCUAUGUGACCUUCCGCGACAAAGCAGCCGCUAUGAAGGCCCUAAGGGCUCCGUUGAAGUUUCCCGCGUCGUUACACGACAAGGUGAUCAGCAUGCGGCACUUGGACUCUGAUAAAACCAACGAUCCCAUGUAUUUGGAGAAAGCCAAGUUUUGGGAUCGGCAGCUGAUUUCGCUGGCGCGGCAGCUGCACGUCCAGUUGCUGUCCAAUGAAGAGUAUCGAGGUGUUGGAAAGGCCUUCAGCCUGGUGGAUCGUGGCCUCUGGGAGCACGAGAUGGUCGAGCUGCCACGUCCCGACUUUGCGGAUCCACACUGCGCCGAAGCGAUGGCCUUGCAGUCUCCAUGGGGACGAGGCGGUGUGCCCUUCCCCAAGAAGCUGCAUGGAGUGCCGACCAGGAUCGUUCCAGCACAGGAGUCGGUCCUGCGGCGCUUCGGCAACUGGGCUGAAUUUCUGACCAUGGCACCCUUUGAUGAACUCUUUGCUUUGGAGUCCAAGGUUCCAGAUGCAGGAGGUGAAGCUUCCGAGUCGGGCACUGCCAAAGUCCAGGCCUCAGCUGCAGCCCGGAUCACUGACUCAAACGCCCGCGGUAGCGUCAUGGCUGCGUCCACCAAGCGUGCGCAUGCAUUUGGGGUCGAAACGGAUGUCAAGAAGGCCAAGCGAGAGCUACCUUUGGACUUGAACCAUAUCCAGCCGGUGGUUCGCUUGCGUAGUGCGGAAGCUGCAGGGGAGCUGACGGUGCAGUUCCGCCAGACCCCAGCGGCAGCUCUGCGCGUCGUGAAGGACCAAGGUGACCUGCUGCAGCUCUUGGAGAAGGAGGCCAAAGAAGCAGCAAACUGCACUGACGCCUGGUUACGACACCCUGAUGCCAAGUGGAUCAGCCAGAUGAUGGACGAGAUGUCGCCGGAGCGGCGCCAGAGCUUGAGACAACGCUGGCAUCGCCUGCAGGCGAGUUCUGCCAAGGACUUCUAUGACAGAUGGGAACACACUUCAGACUUUGCAAGUCUCGCCAUGGAAUUUUGGUUGGAAGACAAGCGUCUGGAGGACAUCUUGCAGAAAUGUAAAGAGCUGGGACAAAUGGACGGCGAGGUAGAUAUGGCACCGGGCUACAUUCUGCAGGGCGACCUGAUCGACGACGUGGCCUGGUCCCAAGAUCUGUCCUUCGACUCGGUGGUGCCGAUGAUCCAGCGCCUCUCGGGGGAAGAGGCGUCCGUCUACACGGUGUGCCAUGAGAAUUGCUUCGAGCAAGAGCAUCGUGUGUCGAUGCCGGUGAGCGAACUGAAACCCAAGGAGCGACAGGGAUCGUUGAACACCACGUGGGACUACAAGAAGAUGUCCAGGAGUGGUGUUGAGCUUCUGGAUAGUUACCAUGACUCCGUGUCGAAGCUUCUGAAGCCUUGCGCAGAGGUGGAGUUGAACAAGCUCCUGUAUCUGAUCUGGAAACUGCCUCACUAUGUCACCUCCUACCACCAAGACACACACGUGCCGCCUCACUUCACGCUCUACAAUCAGGUGUCGGGCGUGAGCAUCUUCCACUUCUUGCCGGUGCUGCUGGGCAUCUUCGUGACCCAUGUGGGACGCCAUGAUGUCGUAGCCCUCAAGAAGGUGUUGGAACAGUUGGAUGAGAUGAAGAUUGGCAGUUUGGUGGUCUUAUGUCCUGGGCAGGUGGCGUUCAUCUCUCCAAUGGGAUCGCAUGGCGUUUGGGUGCCAUCCGUGCAACAGAACUCGGCACUCCCAGCCUUCAGUGUCUCCGUCAUCCGGGCCGCCGAAGUGUUUCUGAAGACAAUUUUCGAGAACUUGAAGAAGCGUUUGAAAAAGGACUGGAAGGAUGUCAUGCAGGUCAAUAAGGAGGACCGGGAACGCUUGGAGAUCUACAAGGAAGUUCAGCGGAACCUGCGCGAACGCCUGAAGCUGACGGCCGAGGACUGGGCUUGGAUGACGCAGCGCUACGUGAGGGGCGAGAGCCAGCUUCGCGGCGUUCAACGCCUUCGGCCGCGCCUGGAGGAGCUCGACCGACACCUGGAGGCGUCUCUCUCCAGCGAUGCGCCACGGAGCCAUGGAUGCCCUCGACAGCCUGCAGCACCUGGUGAUUUGAGUCGCUUGCGGCGCGGACAAAACCUGGACGUAUCUUCCACCCAGCGGGCACGGAUCCUCACGCGCGCGAAAAUGGCGCUGCAGCAAAGACUACAUGAGGCCUGGCUCUCGGCAUACGGUGAAGCCCUCGUUCCGCAGCCAGGAGUUUUCCGUCUGGUGGCGAGAAGGAAAGGUGCCUCUGCCAGAGUACACGGCCCGGCGCGUGCUGUGGUGGGAUCACAAGCCGCCUUUGCCCUUCGAACUGCAGAUCCAGUCGAGAUCCAAGGACCGUGUGCGAAUCUUCGACGAGCGCUUCCUCUAUCUUCAGCGCAUCAUCAAGGCACGGAGAGAGCGUCGCAAGGCGAAGGCUGCCGAGUGGACCGAGGAACGGAAAAAGAUCUUGCAAGAAAGGGAGCAGAAGAAGAAGGAGCGACAGCAAAAAGCCUUGGAGGCUGUCUCAGGAGCGAAGUGUGGCGGACUCCUGGGAAACCUUGGCUACCUGCUGCCUGA